UGUUCUAAAACAUAUGUUUGAAAAUGUCAAGUAGCCUAUUAAUAAUAAUAAAAUAACCUUUGCUUAUAAUAAAUAAUAAGUAAGUAAAUUACAGAAAAUUGUAAAGAAAAAUAUUAUUUUAUCUUUCGAAGAUAAAACUUUGUUUCUUUGUUAAUAUCUUUUGAAAUUUAAAACUUCUGAUUGUUCAUGAAAUAGAUCCUACAUUUUUAUCUGAACAACAGAAUGAAGGUUAUCUUUGAAAUUUUAGUUUUGCAAUAGACAACUAACUUCGAGAUCCUAAAGGCCAGAUGUGAAGUAUAUAAAUGGCAUCAACUGUAAGAUACAACUCUUUCUGCUGGGGAAUUGUGUUUGCAUCAAUAACAUGGAUGAUAAUUCUUUACAUGUACUGGCUAUUAAAUACGGAUUCUACUCACAGUUUCCAGCAGACGACUUUACCAUUCACGCCAAGCCAACCAAGGAUUAAUAAUGAGAUCCUGCUUCCUUAUGAGGAUAACGACGCUCAGAGGCAGAGGGCCAAACAGAAAUAUUUCAAAAAUCAGAAUUAUCUGCCAAAAACUAAGUACAAAAAUAGUAAGAAAUUAAUCCAGCAGCUACAACCAGAACUUAUCAAGCCAAACAUAGAUCUACCCAAUGGUCUGGCAGAAAUAGGCAUGGUGAAGUCACUGGAUGAUUUAAAAGUAAGAGAUGAAGGUUACCAUCAAUUCGGUUUCAAUGCCCUCGCCGGACGUAAUCUCGGCAUGUUUCGUCAAGUUCCUGACACAAGACAUAAAUUGUGUGACAAGGAAGAAUAUCCUCCGAAAAUGCCGGAAGCGAGUAUUAUAAUUUGUUUUUAUAACGAGCACUUCGAAACAUUGUUGAGAUCUGUGCACAGCAUUCUGGAUAGAACUGACCGAGCUCUAUUGAAGGAAAUAAUUCUUGUGGAUGAUUUCAGCGAUCUGAAGGGUAGCCACGAUGAUGUUAAAGAUUAUCUAGAUCGGAAGAAUCUGACGAGUACAGUGAAGCUGUACCUGACUCCAGAAAGAGAAGGCCUGAUUCGAGCUCGAAUGUUCGGAGCGAGCCUCGCCACGGGCCAAGUGCUGGUGUUCCUCGACAGUCACAUCGAGGUGAACAGACACUGGUUGGAGCCGCUGCUGGCCAGAAUCGCUGCCGACAGGAAGAACGUGGUCGUGCCCAUCAUCGACAUCAUAAAUGCCGAUACUCUGGAGUACACCAGCUCACCCAUUGUCAGGGGAGGAUUCAACUGGGGUCUGCAUUUCAAGUGGGAAAACGUUCUGGUGGGAUCGCUUAAUAAUGACGCUGACUUCGUUAAGCCGAUUAGUUCUCCAACGAUGGCUGGUGGUCUGUUUGCUAUUGAAAAGGAUUAUUUCAACGAACUUGGUCAAUAUGAUCCGGGUAUGAAUAUUUGGGGAGGUGAAAACCUAGAAAUUUCAUUCAGAAUAUGGAUGUGUGGAGGCACUUUGGAAAUAAUACCUUGUUCAAGAGUUGGACAUUUAUUUAGAAAACGGAGACCUUAUACAUCUCCAACUGGCGAAGACACAAUGACUAGAAACUCAUUAAGAGUGGCUCAUGUUUGGAUGGAUGAAUUCAAGGAAAGGUUUUUCAAGCAAAGACCAGAUGCUUUGAAUGUUAAUUACGGAGAUGUAUCUGAACGUCAAAAACUGAGAAGUGAACUGAAGUGUCGCAGUUUCAGAUGGUAUCUGGACAAUAUUUAUCCUGAAUUAUUGCAAUCAACGAACAAUCCUGAUCAAACCAAAUCGAACAAAAAACCUGUUGUGAUAGAAAAACAGCAAUUCCAGCCUUGGCAGUUUAGGAAAAGGAAUUAUAUUGCUAAAUUUCAAAUUCGGCUCGGGAAUAGCAGCUUAUGUGUUGCAGCUGAAAAAGAUUACAAGACAAAGGAAUCUCUGUUGAUUUUGAAGUCUUGCAUCAGAGCCCAGAGCCAGAUAUGGUUUCAAACGGAUAAGAACGAAUUGGUUCUGGGAAAACUGCUAUGUUUGGAUGUAACCAGCGAUGGGAAAAGACCGAAAUUGUCAAAGUGCCAUGAAAUGGGUGGAACCCAGGAUUGGAAGCAUCGAGAUUUUAGAAAAACUCCAGUCUACAGUCAUGCAGCCGGCACUUGCCUCUCAGUAUCCAGCGCAAAAGCUAAUAGCGACGUCAUCCUUGAACUGUGCAGCAACGACAACACAAAUAGCCAGUGGGAUCUAAUAUUCAAUGAUAGCAAUAGGUAGUAGCCAGUAGGCCUAUCGCAUCGAGGAGCAUAAUUGAUAUUCAGAUUUGUCAUCAAUCUGCCAUCAUAGCAUUGAGGUGUUUAUGAAGAUCGUUGAAUCACGUCGCUGUCAACGAGCUCUGUGAUUGGAUCAAUUGUGGGUGAGUUGAAGAAUAAUUAGGUUGUGUAUGAGUGUGUUGAUAUUGGAGAUGAACUGUGACUGAUUGCGAACAAAGUGAAAUCUCAACAGUUGAGAACUUUCUAUUCUUCCAGCUUCUCUCAAAUCUAUGACUAGACGUAUAAAAUAUACUAUGAAGUAAGGGUAUGGAAAGAUCAAUAAUUCUGCGGAUAGCUCAGAGAGGGAACAAUGCAAUGUUUCCAAGUGCCUAAGACACUAAGUAAAUACAGAAUUUCGAUCAAAACAAGAACCUAUGAAUGAUGGUCCCAGUCAUACUUUGAUAGCCUUGUAGAAAAAAUUAUACCUGCCAAUUGAAAAAAUCUAUAUAAAUAAAAAUCGCGCCUCAAAUUUUGACAUUCA